AAAAACCCUCCUUCGUCCUAUCGAUCAUCGUUUUCCUUGCCUCCAGGUAGUAAUCAUGAUUACGCCCUAAAAUCCUGUUUUUUCUUCCACUACCAUGCCCGUCAUAGUCCAAGCUCCCUUCUGCUGCUUUUGGCCCAUUUCGAACCCCGCGAUUAGAGCCAUUCCUGCUAAUUCCUUUUCCACAACCCCUCCUCGUCAUUUCUUGAAAACCAACAAUUUUCGUAGUCCCAAUUUCACCCCUGCAAAGGGCCAUCGUUUUUUCAACACUACUUCUGUAAGGGCAGCAGCUUCUGCUAGAGCUGAUUAUUAUUCCACUUUGAAUGUCAGUAGAAAUGCCACUUUACAAGAAAUCAAAAGUUCCUACAGAAAGCUGGCGCGCAAGUAUCAUCCAGACAUGAACAAGGGAGCUGGAGCUGAAGACAAGUUUAAAGAAAUAAGUGCUGCCUAUGAGGUCCUAUCAGAUGAUGAGAAAAGAUCUUUAUAUGAUCGCUUUGGUGAGGCAGGUUUGCAAGGAGAAUUUGAUGGCUCUGGCAGUGGUUCGCAAGGGGUGGAUCCUUUUGAAAUAUACAACACCUUCUUUGGUGGUUCAGAUGGGUUUUUUGGUGGAAGGGGUGAAGAUGGCGGGCUUAACUUCAAUUUCAGAAAUAUGGGAAACCAGGAUCUUGACAUUCGGUAUGAUCUGUAUUUGAGCUUGGAAGAAUCAGUUUUUGGUGGACAGCGAGAAAUUGAAGUUUCUUUUUUUGAGACAUGUGAUAGCUUUUUGAAGACAGAGUUGGCUAGACGAUUUGAAAUGAAGGAUUUGGGUUCUCUUCGAUAUUUUAAGGGUAUUGAGGUAGCUUACUCACCUAGAGGUUACCUUCUUUCUCAGUUAAAAUAUGUUGCAAAUAUUCUUGAACUAGCUAUACUUAUUGAUUAUAAGACUGUAAACACUCCCAUUGAAGUUAAUGCAAGGAUGGAUGACUUGUGUGGAUUUCAGGUUUCUACUUGUGCAAAAUGCUCUGGUGAAGGCAAGGUGAUUACUGACCACUGCCGAAAAUGUGGUGGAAAUGGUAAAAUAAGGUCAAAGCGAAGCAUGAAAGUGGUCUUCCCAGCUGGUGUCAAUGAUGGAGCUACAAUGCGAAUUCAGGGUGAGGGUAGUUUCAACAAGAAAAGGGGCAUUGCUGGUGAUCUGUUUAUAAGCCUCCAUGUCAAUGAAAAACAAGGGAUUUGGAGAAAUGGUCUCAAUCUUUACUCAAAGAUCAAUGUUGAUUAUACUCAAGCAAUUCUGGGGACCAUCUUAAAGGUUGAGACUGUCGAGGGUUUGAAAGAUCUUCAAAUUCCUUCCGGGAUUCAGCCUGGAGAUGCUGUAAAAUUGUCACGGUUGGGAGUUCCAGACAUCAAUAAACCUUCUGUUCGAGGUGAUCAUCACUUUAUUGUGAAUAUUCUGAUCCCCAAAGAUAUCAGUGACAAGGAGCGAGCGCUUGUCGAGGAACUGGCUUCACUCAAGUCUGGCAGCAAGGAACAUGCAGUUUCUUCUAACAGCUCUGGCACAUUUGAAAGAAACAAGGAUCACAUUAGAGAUCCCAAAGGCAAUGCUUCAGGUCAUAGGCUCAAAUGCACUGCCUCUCUGUGGAACUCAAUUAAAGGCUUCUUGGGGCAAAAGCAAUCACGGGAAAGGUUUGCCUCUAUCACCAUGACCAACACAUCACUGUUGUGGAGAUCUGGCAAACCGGAUUUUGCCAUCAUGUUGUCUGUAAUUACAGUUUCAGUUCUAACUUGUGUUUUAACCUCCAUGCGAAAGAUACAAAGGAACAAUUCCUCGCAUAUACAGAACAUUAGGAAGAAAUGAUUUUCAGCUGAGGUCAAUGUUUUGAGAAACGAGAGAUGAGGUGUAGUCUUUGCCCAUACCUGUAAUAGAUGUAAUGGGAUUUGAUGCAUUUUAUUUAUUUCCUGGCAUCUUUCCCUUAGAUUUAUCCUGUCAAGGGCUGGCAUGAAGAUUAGAUUGUUCUUAGCAUGUAGAUGCCGCGUUCAGUAUGUAUUUUUUGAUUGGUUUUACUGGUAACUUCACUGUCUGCCGAUUUAUCUGAGCCCAUCAUUCUUGUUGUCAAAACUUUAGUGUAAUAGUGAUUCUCGUCAUUUUACUUUGAA